UCAGCUGCAGCUGCAGAUCUGACUGUUUAGAUCAGCAUCCCUCCAAGCGAUGGAAGAAAUUUACAUCAAUGUUGAAUAUCCAAAACCCAUCUCACAAACUCCUGCAGAACAUCAAGGAUCAACCAGCUCUAAGAAGAUGCACCAUGUGGGUGUCCUUAUGGGACUCCUGAAUGUUUUACUGCUGAUUGGACUCAUCGUCCUUGGUGUCCGCUCUCAUGAUUUGACAUCAGACUUCUCUACCAUCCACGACAAUCUGACUGAAAGUCUUCAAGCCAGUAAUGACCAACUUGACUUCAUGACUGAAGAGAGAAAUGUGCUGAACACAAACCUGACUGAAAUGAGCAAAGAGCUCAACAGACUUCAAGUAUUGCUCAAAGAAAAGAUUGGAUGUCCUAGAGGAUGGACAGUGUUCACUGGUUCUUGUUACCUCUUAUCUACAAAAUCUGGUUCCUGGGAUGAAGGCAGAGAGGAUUGCAGGAACCAAGGAGCUGAUCUGGCAGUGAUUGAAAAUGAUGAUGAACAGGCAUUUCUUUCCACUGUCAACAAGAACGAUGCUUGGAUUGGUUUGACUGAUAAAGAAACUGAGGGGCUCUGGCAGUGGGUGGAUGGAUCUCCUCUGCAUCUUCAGUACGUUUUUGCUUUUAUACUCUGUGCUGAAAACAAUUCAUUAUUUACUGUGUAAAAUAAAUAUUGACAUGUACAAAAUGCUCUAAACAAAAAUGCUUUCAAUUCAGUGUCAAACAUGACCUCUGAAUUAUCUAUUCUGAUGACUCCAAUUGCUUUAGCCCUCCCACUGUCCUAAUGGGUGUGACCCCGUGAGGAAAGUUGACCACU